UCAGAGUUCGACAUUAGACGUAGUAGUUUCCUGAACAUUGGAUAGUUCAAAACGCUUGUGUAACACGCAUGACAAUCUUUGGCAAGACUAAAAAUUAAGAACUAGAACCUCAAGUGACCGUAAACUCAGAAUAUGGCCUCCAAACGUGGUUUCACAGAGGAGGACUUCUCUUGUCCUGUGUGCCGAGACGUCUUCAAAAAUCCUGUGAUCAUGAAAUGUAGUCACAGUGUGUGUAGAGCCUGUCUGGAUCAAUUCUGGGAAACUAAAGGACACAGAGAAUGUCCUGUGUGUAGGAAAAGAAUCUCCAAUUCGACCCCACCUUCAAACCUAGCCUUAAAGAACUUGUGUGAGACCUUUUUACAGGAGAGAAAUCUGAGAGCUUCAGCAGCGGCACACCUCUGCGCGCGACACAAUCAAAAGCUCGAGGUCUUUUGCGUAGAGGACUUGCAGCCUGUGUGUGUGGCGUGCAGAGACUCAGCGGAACAUUCGAAUCACAACUUUACUCCCAUAGAUGGAACGACAGCAGGGCAAUAUAAGGAGAAAAUGCGCACACUUCUGGACGAGCUUGAAAAACAUAUCCAGACACAUCCUUACAGUGCAGUGACUUGUGGAUUAAUGGCAAACCACAUUAUGACACAGGCCCGAAACACAGAGCAGCAGAUCAAGGUCGAGUUUGAGAAGCUUCAUCAGUUUCUACUCAAUGAGGAGGCAGCCAGGAUAGCUGCACUGAGGGAGGAAGAGGAGCAGAAGAGCCAGAUGAUGAAGGAGAAGAUCUCCUCUCCCCCUGCCACAAUCAGAGCUAUAGCAGAGCAGAUGGACGCUGAUGACAUCACUUUUUUACAGAACUACAAGAGCACAGUGGAAAGAGCCCAUCACACACUGCAGAAUCUGAAGGAGGAUUCAGGAGCUCUGAUCAAUGUGGCAAAGCACCUGGGCAACCUGAAGUUCAGAGUCUGGAAGAAGAUGCAGGAGACUGUUGACUACACUCCGGUGACCUUUGACCCCAACACUGCACAAGCAGAACUCGUCCUGUCUGAGGAUCUGACCAGUGUGACUCUGGGCAAUGGGAAGCAGCAGCUUCCUGAUAACCCAGAGAGGUUUGACUUCUUUCCUAACGUGCUGGCCUCUGAGGGCUUUGACUCUGGGACUCACUGCUGGGACGUGGACGUCGAGGAUGUCAUGGACUGGACUGUGGGAGUGAUGGAGGAGCCCCUCGAUCGGAAGAAAUGCGCGCCCGCCAAGACCGCACACUGCUCUGUGGAAUGCCGUUUUGCGAUGGAGUGUGCGGCCUAUUCUCCCACGCAGGAUCACCCUUUCAGGGACAUGAGCCAGAUGCUCCGGAGGAUCAGAGUGCAGCUGGACUACGACUGCGGAACGGUGUCAUUCUCCGACCCUGAUACCAACACACGCCUGUACACGCUCACGCACGCGUUCACCAAGAGGGUGUUCCCGUUCGUGCAGUGCCUCUGUAAUGUGUCUGUUAUGAAGAUCUUGCCGGUGCACACCGAAGUGCGAGUGGAGCCGCUGCAGCUUACUUAGAGCUACUGGCCGUGUCUCUCUCAACCAGAGAACAAAUAAACGUGAAAACACCACUGAUUUUAUUUCAUUUUUUCGUUUUUGUGUGUUUUCAAUAAUAAAAAAAAUCUUCCUA